AUGCCGCCGAAGCAGACUUCCGCCGGGGGCGCCAAGAAGAAGACGUCGACGGCCGCGACCCGUAACAACCGACACGCGCACCCGCAAGCAGACAUCGGCUUCCUGCCGCCAGGUGCGAAGUACCCAGCUGAGGCUUCCUGGAACCACCAUGAGCACCAGCAGCGAAACUCGGCCUCCUACAACAAGCAGGGGGACCGCGACCGCAACAAAGACUUCGACUACCGCUUCGAACAGCACAUCUUCGUGCCGCCGCGGCUGCGUCGCGUGCCGGCGGCGCUCGUCGAGGCCGUUAACGACUUCCACUACGCGAUGAUGAACGACCUGCCGCGCAACGAGUUCUACUACAACAUGCUGAAGAAGCACAUCGUGCCUGGCGAGUCGGGCGUGCUCGAGAUCGGCGCCGGGUCGGGUCUGCUGUCGAUGAUGGCGGCGAAGUUGAAUGCGAAGUGGGUCGUGGCGGUGGAGGGGUCGUCGGAGAUGGCGUCGCUGGCGCGUUCAAACAUUGCAACGAACAGGCUGCAGGACAAGGUCAAGGUGCUGAACAUGCUAAGCACGGAGCUGAAACCGUGUGAUCUGCCGGAGCCGCCGAGCAUCCUCGUCUCCGAGAUCUUCGGCACACUACUGCUCGGCGAGAGCGCGCUCGACUACAUUGCGGAUGCCCGGCAGCGCCUACUUCCGAAGACAGCGAAGAUUCUGCCGCAGCACGGCGUGCAGUACGCUGUGCCCAUCGAGUGCGAGACGCUGGGUCAAAUCUGCGCCGUCUCCAGCUGGAACGGCAUCGACCUCUCGCACGUCAUGGCGCUGCAGGACACGACGAGUGUCGUCUUCACCAAGCAGUACGGCUUCCGCAUGAGCUCCGUGCCAUUCCGCCGCCUCGCCGACCCCAUCCCGCUGCUGACGAUCAACUUUGCCGAGACGAAGCGCAGCACUUUCAAGAAGGUCUUCCCGGUGGAGGUGCCGGCGACGGCGAGCGGGACGGCGCACGCGUGGCUCUUCUACUGGAUCUCCACCGACGGCGAGGAGGUGAUGUCGACGGCACCCGAGGACACCCUGCACAACUUCUCGCGCGACAUGCAGUGGGGCCAGGCGCUGCAGCUUAUCGAUGCCGGCACGAACUCGCACACACCGACCGCGCUGUCGAUGUCCGCGGGUGAGUUUUACAAGUUUGACUGCGCGCUGUCAAGCGACCGCGUCGUCAUGAGUCUAAAGUACACCGGCAGCAGCAGUGCAGCAGCACUACUGAAGGCGGACGCCAACGAGGCCGAGAAGCGACGCGAGACAGAGAGCGAGCAGCAGUGGCUGCCGCCGAGCGAGUGA